CUCCCUGCUAUGACCACACCACUGAAGGAUGCAAUGGACACCUUGAUCAAGAUUUUCCAUCACUACUCUGGCAAAGAAGGAGACAGAUACAAGCUUAGUAAAGGAGAACUCAAGGAGCUUCUCACCAGUGAGCUCACUGACUUCCUUUCAGGCCAAAAGGACCCGCUCCUGGUUGAUAAGAUUAUGAAAGAUCUGGACUCCGAUGAUGACAAUGAAUUGGAUUUUAAUGAAUUUGUCAUUCUGGUUGCUGCUUUGACUGUGGCAUUUAAUGAUUUCUUUGAAGAACAGCUAAAGGAAGAGGGAUUUUAAAAAUCCUUUAUAUAAUUAAUCUCCUGGUCACAAAUGCAAGCAAAGCAUGCCUAGUUAGGUAACCCUCCUCAGUGCUCACUGCGUGCAAACCACCGUUCCAACUGUUACUGCUGUAAGAUCUUUAUGGAGCUGAUCAGCAGCUGGUGUAAG